UGGGUCUGCUCCUAACUUGUUCCUAUACGCUUUUCUCCAACGCCAUAGCCAAAAAAGCUCGCCGAGAUCCAAAACGAUGCGUGUUGAUCGAAUCUAAGCUUUUAUUAUCAAUCGAAACCCUAACUACACACCUCCCUCGUCUUUUUAUACAUUUAAUCGGUGAUGUCAAUCCGAAUCCCAUCGGCUUCGUGGGACUUUCGAGGUUUCGCAUUAUGUUUCAUCUUCCUCGGAUCGCUCCCAGGAGCAAUACGAGCACAAGAAGUUACACUAGAUUCGAUUCAGAUAUUCAAGACGCACGAGUGGUUCUCUACUAAGCCUAUAGUCUAUUUCCAGUGCAAAGGAGAGAACAAGACGGUGCUCCCUGAUGUCAAGAUAACCAAUGUUUCUUACUCUUUCAAAGGCCAAGAAUCUUGGCAGCCACUAACGGGACUUAACGGAACAAAGUGCAAGAGAUGUGGAAUCUAUGAGGACGACACCUUUAAAUACGAUACGUUUGACGAGUGGGAGCUUUGUCCUUCUGAUUUCACUGCUGAGGGUAGAUAUACACACGCCAAGGACAAUGAAUUCAAUGCUACUUUUCUCUGCCAUGGGUGCUCACAACUUGGAGCUGAUUCGAAGAAAGAAGAUGGCUCUGACAAGGAAGAAGGAAGGCGCGGAAUGCAUCCUGCAAUCGUGCUACUUAUUGUACUACUUGUGUUAGGUGUAGUUACGGUGGGUCUUGCGGUAGGUUACAAGUUUUGGCGAAAGAAGAAGCGGCAACAAGAACAGGCCCGGUUUCUCAAGCUGUUCGAAGAUGGUGACGAAAUUGAGGACGAGCUUGGCCUUGAAAAUACUCUCUGAAGCUAUAUGGCCUAGUAAAUGGGUUACUGUAACUCAGUGUCAACCUGUGUACAUACAUACACAGCUCCUUCAUCCUAAUAACAUUUUGUUUUGGUCUGAAGUAUAGGAGAAAAAGGAAAUCACAUUGAUCGACAUAUAUAUACAAAGUUCUCAAAGACAAAUUCCUUUUUAUCGUAUAUGUUUGAAAUUAACGAGGCUAAAAGAAUUAUUGUGAAAAAUUUGUAACAUUUUGGAAAAUAAAUAUUAGAAAACCUGAAUAUAAUAA